AUUCUUUAAAGAACCCCAAGAACCCUUCCGUUCCUCACCGCCCCUGCUCUCUAUUUCCUCGUCUCGUUUUCUCCGAUCUUCUGCUUCGCUUGCCUUCCUCUCGAAGCUGCUCCGCUGCCGUCCCUCAAUCCCAUCGCCUCUGCCCGAGUCCAUCCGAUCGCACCGCCUCCCUUCGAUUCGCCGUCGAGCCCAGCAUGGCAGACGACGAGGACUACCUUUCGUCGAGUGAUUUGGAAGAUUGCUACCUCACUGAUCAGGAAGACGUUAUCGAAGAGAACGUCCUACAGGGCCUCGAAGACGGGCGUGAGGAAGAGUGCCACUGGUCACUGUCGUCGGUCAUCACAAAAGAGUCCCUCCUAGCAGCACAGAAAGAGGAUUUGCGGAAGGUGAUGGAGCUGCUGGCUCUUAAAGAGCAGCAUGCGAGGACCCUUCUUAUUCAUUACCGCUGGGAUGUUGAGAGGAUCUUUGAGUUGCUCGAUCAAAAGGGAAGGGACAGAUUGUUCUCACAAGCAGGAGUAACCGUUGUCAAUAACAAAGGCUUAUCCACUUCAGUGAAUCCAGUCACCUGUAAUGUAUGUUUUGAGACCGUUCCUACAGAUUCAAUCACUGAAAUGGACUGUGGGCAUACUUUCUGCAAUGAUUGUUGGACUGAGCAUUUUAUAGUGAAGAUAAAUGAUGGACAAAGCCGUCGCAUUAGAUGCAUGGCACCCAAAUGCAGUGCUGUAUGUGAUGAGGCAAGCAUAAGGAAUUUGGUCAGUGCAAGGUGUCCAGAUAUUGCUGAUCGUUUUGAUAGGUUCCUGCUUGAAUCAUACAUUGAAGACAAUAAUAAGGUUAAAUGGUGCCCUAGUGUUCCACAUUGUGGAAAUGCCAUACGUGUUGAGGGUGAUAUUUGUUCUGAGGUUGAAUGUACAUGUGGUAUACAGUUCUGUUUCAGUUGUUUGUCAGAAGCGCAUUCACCUUGUUCAUGCUUGAUGUGGGAUCUAUGGAUCAAGAAAUGCCAGGAUGAAUCAGAAACUGUUAAUUGGAUAACAGUGAACACAAAGCCUUGUCCAAAGUGUCACAAACCUGUUGAAAAGAAUGGUGGUUGCAAUCUUGUUGCAUGUAUCUGUGGGCAAGCAUUUUGUUGGCUGUGUGGUGGGGCUACGGGAAGAGAUCAUACGUGGUCUAAUAUCACUGGUCACAGUUGUGGUCGCUUCAAAGAAGACCAAACAAAGAAUACUGAGCGUGCAAGGCGUGACUUAUACCGUUAUAUGCACUAUCAUAAUAGGUACAAGGCUCAUACAGAUUCUCUCAAGCAGGAAAGCAAUCUCAAGGAAACCAUUCAGGGGAAGAUUUCCAUUUCAGAGAACAAGCAAUCUAAAAUUAAAGACUACAGUUGGGUGAUGAACGGACUGAAUAGGCUCUUUAGAUCAAGACGGGUCCUUUCAUAUUCGUAUCCAUUUGCAUUCUACAUGUUUGGAGAUGAGCUCUUUAAGGAUGAGAUGACAGCAGAGGAUCGAGACCUGAAACAGAAUUUGUUCGAGGACCAGCAACAACAGCUAGAAUCCAAUGUUGAGAAGCUAUCUAUGUUCUUGGAGAAGGAUUUUCCAAGUUGUUCUGAUGAUGAGGUCAUGGACACUAUGCGGCACAUCAUAAAUCUUUCUAAUGUUGUCGACAGACUUUGCAAACAAAUGUACCAGUGCAUUGAGAAUGACUUGUUGUAUCCCCUUCAGCGAGCAACUCACAACAUUGCUCCAUAUAAAUCAAAAGGCCUCCAGAGGGCUUCGGAACUAUUGGUGUUGUGGGGCUCCGAUCAGAGCUCUGAUAUGAAAACCAUUCAUGAUGCACAAACAGAUUCAACUCCCAAUGGAACUGCUGCCAUAUGCAAAUUCCGUGGGUCCACGAGUUCAGAUGAAAGUGGGUGGGCUUCUCAUAAACGACCUAGAAAAGAUGCUCAUGGCGGUCCUCCUCUGUUUGAUCUGAACAUGCCUCCUGAGGUGAUUGACAAAAUCUGACACCAAAACCCAAGUUAGCAUCAUUCUAAACUGUACAGCUUUAGCUUGUUAUCCAUCAUGGCAACAGAAAAUAAACUUCCUACUAUUGCAACCACAUCACGGUCUUAUUUAGUAUGUUUAUAUGAAAGCUACGAUCUGUGGGGGUAAAACGAGACUCAAGAGCCUUCUCUUUGAUGAUUUUUCUUGGAUGGACUUCUCAGCUCAAUCUGUGCAUAAGUUUCAAAAAUAUGGGCAUGCCCAUGUAAACCAGUGAAGGCAUAUCUGAACUCAGCUUUUGCUUCCUUGUAUUUUUCUAGUUUUUUUUAACCCAUCACAUUGUAAAGAUGCCCACCAAUUUUGAACUAUAGUGCAAGGGUUUUGAAGACUUUCCGGAGGUGGGAUUCUUGCUAUUGCAAGCCUGACUUGUUCAUACCCUAUUUAUGGCAGUAAAUCACUGAUUGGUCUUA